AUGGCCUCGCUUCACCAACGGAGAGCCGCCUCGGGCCUCUCCCACGACUCGACGCACUCGUCCAAGAUUCGUGGCCGCACCAUCGUCAAGCCCAUUCUCAAAAAGCUCAACUCCCACUCCACUUCCGAAAGAGGCUCCUUCGAUCUCGAUCCCGCCUGGGACGACCAGCCUUCCCCCCUCAGCUGUCCCUCGGGGGAAUAUGAAAGCGUGUACAGUGAUGGCACGCCGGCUCUCACGCCCGGCGCCUACGACGUCUCUGCUGCCGGCGCACACGGCGACGCCUGGCGGCCCCGUGACGUGAGCUUCUCGACGUCGGCAUCCGUCGAGCACCCGACUUGGCGCUCCAAGAGCAAGUACUCCCACAUGCGAUCGACCAGUGGCACCUCGCACACGUCGUCCAUUGCCACAAACGUCAGCGCCCGCAACGGAACAUUUGUCCAUCCUUUCCAGCAAACGCCCAGAACUGCCACACCUUCUCUGUCCUACGCCAACUCGAUUGCUUCCCUCGAUAUCUCCGCCCCAGUCUCCCGCGAGUAUGCCUCCAUCACCGAGGACGACAACAUUAUCUCACCAACCACCGCCACCAACCUACCUCCUCGCGCCGCCUCACUCACCAAGCCGGCCUCCUUUCCUACCCCUCCUCCGCCCUACUCCUCCAACUCUCGCUUCCGCGGACCUUCUCUGGACGAAUCGCACCCCUCGUUGACCCUGUCAGAAGGCACCCAGACACCCGGUCAGAUUCCCACCAGCCGUUCCAACUCGGUCACAACAGCCAUGUACAUGCCCGAGUACGCGGCCCAAGAAUCUGCCCUGUCUGCCACUGCUCCUCUGCAGAUGGCACCCAUCUCCGCCUCCAUGUCGUCGUCGGGAACGCCCACAUCGCCCUCGCCCUUGUCGCCUCUGCGCAACUCUCUCGACAUUAGCGGCUUCCGCCUACGGGCCCGCAGCGAGGUCGAUACCCGAACGCACCAGGAGCAAGUCCGCGAGGCCCGUCGCAAGUUUCAGGAGAAGGAAAAGGCCAAGGAGGAAAAGUAUGCCCGUCAGCAGCUGCGUCGUCGCGAGCGCGACGCUCAGACUCGUGUUGGCGCCAAGAUCCGCAAGAGCACCACCAGCUCUACAUCGACCGCCAAAUCGACCGCCGCCAGCAGCCGCCAUGCCACCGACGAGUACUCUCAUGAGAAGCCCGACUUUGCCAACACUGGGGCCUACGACUUUGCCACUGCCGGCCAGUCUCCUGCCAGGGCCGACGAGGUCCAGUUCCAGCGACCCCAGCGUCGCAAAACGGCCAAGCACAAGACCAACGGCGUCUGGACUGCCUUUAUGCUCUGGCUCAGAACUCGGUUGCUUAGGAUGGGCAAGCACUAG